AAAUGUAUCGGCAAUUCCUCGUACGACCAGAGGAUCGGAAAUAUCAAAGGAUAUUAUGGCGCAGCGCGAGUGGAGAAACAGAAACAUAUGAGCUUAACACCGUAAUACUCUUAUCAUAGAAAUAGAAGCAGUCCUCAAUUCCCGCCCGCUAACUCCUAUCUCCACCGAUCCAAAUGAUCUCCUAGCCCUCACUCCCGGACAUUUCCUCAUUGGCGAUUCAUUAAUGUGCUUACGUGAUCGAGAUUUCAGAGACAUUCCAUCGAACCGACUCUCCAAAUGGCAGCAUAUCCAACAGCUUAAACAACAUUUUUGGAACCGCUGGCAUAAGGAGUAUUUGAACGAGCUAACCAACCGCAAUAAAUGGAGCAAGGGUGGACACAGCAUCCAAAAGGGCACAAUCGUCAUCCUCAGAGAGGACAACGUUCCCUCCAUGCAUUGGCCUCUGGGCCGAGUUAUCAAGGUUCAUUCAGGCGCCGAUGGUGUCAUCCGGACAGCUACAGUUCAGACGGCAAAGAGCAUUUUGGAUCGGGGCGUCAAAAGGCUUGUCCCACUGCCAAUUCAACCCGAUCUCGAGAAACCCGAACAACUAGCCACCGAGCCGAAAUAAGAUGGGAACUUCAACCACACCUCGCUAGUUUGAUCGGUACCCUCUCAACGGGGGGAGAAUGUUACGCCAUGCGGCUUACCAUAGGUCAUAUUCUUAACUAUCGAUCGCGGCACUAUAAUGUCGCAGACGGAUCGUCGCGUCUGCCCGGCAAACAAACAUUGUAGUGGCAAGCGCAUGGUUCAUUAAGCAGGGCGACUUCCAGAAACGUCGACUCGUGGCCCGUAUUUUACCUCGCAUAAAAGAAUGUGGCGUGAUCCGAACGUAGUGGGGGUCGCCUUCCAGAAAAAACGAAAAAAAUCGAAAGGCGUUCAGAACUUUUCGAGAAGUCGAACCGUCAACACAUGUGAAUGUACCACACCGGACAAUCAAGAAGGCAGGUGCCUUGACUACAGAAAAUGUAAACCUCUGCAAGAAAUAUGGCAGAUACAGUACCGUACAGCCACCGAUUUUUAUAGACGAUCAGUGUGCAGAUACCAGGUCAAUGUUACGAUCGUUUGCUGUCCGAACGAUCCAAACAAAGAGAAGAGAGAAAUUUUAAUAAAAACUGUGUAUAAGUAUAAGGCUUUGCGACCACCAUACUGUGGUUUUAGCAACGUCUCUCAUACCAGGGUGGUCGAUGGUAAACCAGCUGAACUUGGAAGAGUAUCUUUUUGCUUGAAAUAAAAAAUUGAUAUAGGAGUAAUAAUAUGGAUAGAGAUCAAAAACUGUUAGGGCAGAAAUUACACGUUUGAACUUUAUAGUUCAGUAUAGUUCAAAUAGAAAUUAUAUAGAAUUAUUUAAUAAUUUGUAUUCCACUGGAAUAAAAAUUUAAUUUCUGUCUUUAUCAAAUCUCUAUUUCAGAGUAUUUGUACGUAUGUACUUAUCGUCUGCUGUAUGAUCGAAUAUCGAAUAGGUAAUAAUCGUUGUUACUCGUUAUGUGAGAAAAAAUUAUGUAUAUUCACAACUAUGACUAUUGCAUUUUAGGCGCUUGGCCAUGGAUCGCUGCAUUAGGUUUUCGUAAUCCCCGAAACCCAGACAAACCACUAUGGAAGUGCGGAGGUUCCCUGAUAUCGGCUAGGCAUGUUUUGACCGCAGCACAUUGUGCACAUAUGGAUGGAAUAGAAAACAUACACAAUCAUAAUAUUGCCAUUCUUAGAUAGGUGGAGGAGGUGCCAUUUUCGAGUAAGUCCUCAAAUAUAUAUAUAUAUAUGCUAUUGAGUAUUACUGAAGUAUCAUAUCCUGAAAUUUCUUACUGUACACAUAUAUUGUGUCAUAAAGCGUGUACAAUUCUUUCUCAUACUUUUGGUCAUUCGUUUCCUGCAUUUUCAUUUAUUUUUUUAUUUUUCAGGGUACGUAUAUCCCAUUUGUACGAAAGAGCAACUUCAUCGGCUAUAACCCCCUUGUUGCUGGAUGGGGAGCGUUAAGAUAUAGCAAGUGAUAUCAAUUUUAUAAUAAAAUUAAACAGUUCCAGUCUUAAAUAUCUUUCUCAUUUUCUUCGUAGGACGACCACGACCUAAUGCAUUAAUGGAAGUACAAAUGCCAGUGAUUAAGAACGCCGAAUGCAAAAUAGCUUAUUCCAAAUUUCCUAAUGCACCUGAUAUCACUGAUGGUAUAAUAUGCGCCGAACAUGCUCAGGGUGGAGAGGAUUCUUGUACGGUAAUUAAGUUACAGAGUUACUACAAACUAUACGGUAUCUGAAGACACGUCAAUUCGAAUUAACAUCAAAUCGACGUCUUAAACAUUAAAAAUAA